UGCGCGGGGCCAUGGCCACCCGCUCCCUGCGGCGCCUCAGGGCCCUGCUGCCCAUGGCCGGUAAAGCCGGCACAGACAGUUUGUAUUUCAGAGGGUCCCCCUGUGCUUUCAGCACUGCAGCUCAGCAGAGAAGUACAGGAGAUGAGUGUGGCCCAGAGGACCCCAGUGAGGAGCCCAAGCACCCCCUCUCUGACUGUGCCUUGGAGCACAAAGCCAUCAAAUUGGAAGAGCAAGUCCGAGAUUUAACUGAGCGGUACCGGAAAGCUUUGGCAGAUUCCGAGAAUGUCCGGAGGAGAACACAGAAGUUUGUAGAAGAUGCCAAACUCUUUGGGAUCCAGAGUUUCUGCAGGGACCUGGUGGAGGUAGCAGACAUCCUGGAGAAGACAACCGAGAGCGCUGCGGGCCAGGCGGAGCCCAGCGAUCCCAACCCCACCCUGAAGAAAAUCUACGAGGGCCUCUCCCUCAUCGAGGCAAAGCUGCAGAGCGUUUUUGCCAAGCAUGGCCUGCAGAAGAUGAACCCUGUUGGUGGCAGGUAUGACCCCUACGACCACGAGAUCAUCUGCCACGUGCCAGCUGAGGGCAUGCAGCCGGGCACGGUGGCGCUGGUCACGCAGGACGGCUACAAACUGCACGGCCGCACCAUCAGGCACGCGCUGGUCGGCGUGGCCGUGGAGGCACAGGAGUGA